AUGCGGCGUCACGCGUCGCCGGCGGACCGCGACGCGCUUGCCCAACAGCCGCGCGGCAGGCCGCUGACGCGCCCCGGACGGACUGACGACGCGGACGGACUGAAGACAGGGGUGCACUCGCGACAGGGACGGACUUACGGCCGCGCCGGGCUCACAACUCGGACGGACUUACGAGACGGACGGACUCACGACAGGGAG